AUGCAGAAGGAAAACGAGUAUUAUGACACAACAACAAUGACGACAAACAGCAACGAACUGCACGUGUGCGACUGUUGCAUGCAACAUCAGCGUGGCGGGCAUUUACAGUCCGUUGGCGUGCAAACCAGUGCAAUUCGUGCAAUAGCAAUGUUGAUAUUUAUAAUAAUAUUUUCCGCAUUUAUUUUAGGAUUAUGCUUACAUUUGAAAAAUCUGAUUAAAGAUUAUUAUCUGAGGGGUCCGCAUAAGCAUUUUAAAACGGUGGAUGGCACCAAGUUGACCGACAAAGUGUAUAUCGUGCCUGGUCGCACAAUUUUUGGAAACAAUCUGGACAUGUUAGGCCUGGGUGCCGAGGGUAUUUUCUACUGGUGUCGUGACCUCUAUCGCCGUGCCAAUGGUAAACCUUAUUUAUUGAGUUUCCUCCAAUGCUAUGUUUACUCCAUAACGAGUCCAGAAGAUGUACAAGAAGUUUUCCAAAGUCAAACUUUAAUAACGAAAGGCGUUAUCUAUGACUUAAUGCGUCCAUUUUUGGGUGAAGGACUGCUUGUGAGUGCAGGCGAACAUUGGCACAACAGACGCAAACUACUCACGCCAGCUUUCCAUUUUAACAUUUUACAGAGUUUUAUUGAGGUUUUCAAAAAUGAAAGCUUAAAGUUCGUGAAAUUGGUGCACUCACAGGAUGAACAAAUAGUAAACUUGAAUAAUGUAAUAUCCGAAUUCACUUUGAAUAGUGUUUGUGAAACCGCGCUUGGUGUCUCUUUGGACGACAUACCCGGCAGCAAGGAAUACCGGAAAGUCAUACACAACAUAGAAUAUUCGAUGGUGAACCGUCUUUGUAACCCUGUAAUGUACAUAGAUUGGAUAUUCUACUUAUUUGGUGAUUACAAAGCAUUUUACGAACACUUGAAGGUGGCACAUGACUUCAGCAGCAUGAUUAUCAAAAAGAAACGCGAAGAAUUCCACCGUGGACAAAUUGUCAAAGACGACAACGAUGAAACGGGGAAGCGUAAGCGUCAUGCUAUGUUGGACACACUUUUCUACGCCGAGUCGAAUGGUGUUAUUGAUCAUCAAGGCAUUUGCGAUGAAGUGAAUACUUUUAUGUUUGAAGGCUACGACACGACAUCCACUUGCCUCAUUUUUACGCUAGUCAAUUUGGCCGCACACCAAGAAAUACAGGAGAAAUGUUAUCGCGAAGUCGCGAAUUCCGAUUUGCCAAACCUAAGCAUUUUCGACUUCAAUAAGCUGGAAUAUUUGGAUCGAGUUAUAAAAGAAUCGCUACGUCUCUAUCCUUCAGUACCCUUUAUUGCCCGCCAUUGCACUCAACAAACGGAACUCAACGGUUUGAUAUUGCCCGCACGUGCCGAAGUUAACAUACACAUUUUUGAUAUAAUGCGUGAUGAGCGGCACUUUCCGGAUCCCUUGAGAUUCGAUCCAGAUCGAUUUCUGCCCGAAAAUAGUAUAGAUCGUCACCCGUUUGCGUUUGUACCCUUUAGCGGAGGAUCAAGGAAUUGCAUUGGCCAAAAAUUCGCUAUGCUCGAGAUAAAAGCUAUACUGGUGGGUAUCUUGCAGAAUUUCCAGUUGCUGCCUGUUACCAAACUGGAAGAGAUUCGCUACGAAAAUGGCAUGGUAUUACGCACAAAGGAGAAUUUAUUCGUUAGGAUGGUUAAGAGAAAUGAAUAGAACCGAGAUGUUAAAUAAAAUGAAGAUGGCAGGCAAACAAAGGCAACAAAAAAAAAUGCAUUUGUUUAGUAGAAGACUUGGCCAUUACAAUUGAGCUUUUU